AUGCGAUUAAAAACAUUGUUUCAAAAAACCGGUGUAGGUAAAAUUGGUUGGGACAUCGAGUUGAGUGGACAGGUUUUGGACGAGUGGCGAGUUACGUACAGUGAUUUUAAAAGCGUUUCACAUUUGAAUGUACCGCGAUGUUACGAUGGCGAGAAUAUUGUUGAUGUACAAAUGCAUGGUUUUUCUGAUGCUUCUUUGAAAAGUUACGGUGCGUGUGUUUAUUGGAGGUUCGAACAUGCUGAUGGUAGUUUUUCUACGAAGUUAGUGACGUCUAAGUCGAGAAUCGCGCCAAUUAAACCAGUCACGAUACCUCGAUUGGAGCUGUAUGGUGCAGUGAUGUUAGCGAAGCUGGUGAAGUAUAUUCGUGAUGAGUUGAGUUUGGUUUAUGAUAUUUCUGUGACACGGUGUUGGAUUGAUUCGUCUAUUGUUCUGUAUUGGAUUAAAAAUGUUAAUAAGAGGUAUGAGGUGUUUGUCGAACGGCGAGUUGGUAUCAUUCGUGAUUUAGUUUCAUCGGACAGUUGGUUUCAUGUGGAGUCAAAGGCAAAUCCUGCGGAUAUUUUGUCGAGAGGUUGUUUGGUAUCUGAGUUGGUGAACAAUAACUUAUGGUUUUCAGGACCUGAUUUCUUGCGCGACACCAACAUCUCAGUCUCGAGUUUUAAUUUCAGUAAUUUCAAGGUUGAUGAUGCGACUUGUUUAAUUAUUGGUAACGAGGAAUCAGAGGAGAGCACCGAAGAAGAAGUUGAUUUAAGUUUUAUGAACAUUGCACGAUAUUCUAAUUACACACGUUUAUUGCAAAUUACCGCAUUGGUUUUACGAUUUGUUGGAAACCUCAGAAGAAAGGGUCGUAAGGAAGAAUUGGUUUUACAUACAUUUGUUACAAAGGACAAGCAAUUGCAUGCAGAAAAGCUGUGGAUUAAAUAUGCGCAAAAAGAUAUAAUUCAACUUCCGAGUUACAAACAGUUACAAAAAGAUUUACGAUUUCAAAAUAUUGAUGGCAUUAUUCGUUGUAAGGGACGCUUAGAAAACGCUCCUUUAGACUUUGAUACUAAGUUUCCAAUAUUUUUACCGAAAAACAUUACUUUAACAAAGCUAGUCAUUUUGCAUUAUCAUGUUCAAGUUUUGCAUAAUGGUUUGAAAGAAACACUUAAUACCAUCAGAUCGAAAUUUUGGAUUCCAAAAGCACGAAAUUACAUAAAGCAGUUAAUCCGACAGUGCUAUUUAUGUCGUUAUUACAAAGGGAAAUCUUAUGCGUAUCCUGUUUCACUAGCAUUACCGGAAUCACGACUAUCCAAUCAUCAUCCGUUUAAACAUACUGGUCUCGACUAUGCCGGACCUUUAUAUGUUCGAAAUGUUUAUCAUGGUGGAAGUAUGUAUAAAGCUUGGGUGUUCUUAUUUACUUGUACCAGUACCAGAGCUUUACAUUUGGAUUUAGUUCCCAAUGCUUCGUCUUCAGGUUGUAUUCGUAGUCUUCGCCGAUAUUUCAGUGAACGAGGUAUUCCCUCUGAAAUUAUUUCUGAUAAUGGUAGUCAAUUCAUUGCCAAAGAUACAUUAUCGUAUGAAGAACUACUGACUGUUCUACCUGAAAUUCAAGCAGUUGUUAAUAACAGACCGCUGACAUUUUUGUAUGAAAACAUAGGUGAGCAACCAUUAACACCUAACCAUUUACUAUUUGGGAGAAAAAUUAAUUCGGAAGCCUCGCAUAUUGAUAGCGAUAAAAAUGAAAAAGAUUUGUGUCAACUUUAUGAUCAUUUGCAACGUAUCAUAAACCACUAUUGUAAUCGAUGGAAAUGCAAAUAUUUGACAGAGUUACGCGAAUAUCACAGAGUUGGAAAAUCACGUGAUGAAACUUCUGUUCGAAUCAAGAUGUUGUUUUAA